UGAAAUGGAACGAGCGCUGCCUGUGUGUUGUUUGUCAUUUGUCUGGAUGUUCCCAACUGGACAGGAGGAAUAUGUGGGGGACUGAACUCUAAGGAGAAUUACAGGGAUUCCUGCUGGGAUGUAUGUGUUUGGGAUACACACUGGGGGUGAAGAUGGCAGAACUGCAGAUCCGGAAGAAAGAAAAGAAGUCUGGCGAUGGUAUCGGAACCAUGGUUGAUUUUUUGUUGGCUAAUGCCAGGCUGGUGCUUGGAGUGGGAGGAGCUGCAAUGCUUGGUAUAGCCACAUUGGCUGUUAAACGGCUGAUUGAUCGAGCAACUUCAACCCCCAGUGACAAAGAAGCAGAGGAGAAGGCUGAGCAGAAAUCCAUAGAGGAGAGCUGGAAAGAAGCUGUGCUGAAGAAGGCAUCGCCCACACUCCGACGGAAGGAGGACCUUGAGCAUCAUUGUGCUCCUUUAUCACUGCCGGAUCCCAGCCAGAAAAUGCCAGAAGCCACUGGCACGUCGCAGGUUAAAGCCUCCGAUGAGAUUAAGAAGAUUCCCAUUUGCUUCACUCUGCAAGAGCGGCUGCUUAACUAUCACACUCAUCAUGCCAGUGUCCCAGAAGUGCAGAUGGAGGAGGCCAGGCAGCUGGUACUGGAUAUAAAGAAAGAGCUGCAGGAGUUUCUACAUGCCAAGCACCCUGAGAUGCCCUUCCUUGCUUUGCACCUUGGUGGCUCUUUUGGUAACAGACUGCCCAUGUCCUGUUUGGAUCACGCCUGCCUGAUAAUGCCUUUGGUUCUGGAGCCGGAUCUGUGGUGUGUCAUUCCAGGACAGAAAACUAUCCUCAGUGACCCAAACUUCUGCAUGGUGAAGAGGAUUGACCUGGAAUACACAUCACGGGGGAGUAGCCCCUGGGACAGGUUUCUGGUGGGUGCCUACCUCUCAUCUAGAACCAUGGUACAGUCCUUGCACAAGACAAUAGUCGGCUCCAUCAACUGGCCAGCCAUAGGAACAGUGCUGGACUGUACCAUUAAACCAGACAUUACCUCUGAUGAACUCAAGCUGGAGGUAGUGCACCCCAACGGUCACAUGAUCAUUAGGAUCCUACCAAUGGCCGUCAUUAAAGAUGCCGACCUUCUCGCUCAUUGCUGCGCCACUGCACCCGCCGAAAACCUUUGGCAGCGGAGUUUCUACAAGAAGGAAGUCUCUCGGCUUCAGGAACUGGACAGUUCUGAUUCGGGCAUCAGGCUAAAGUGUCUCCAGAUACUAAAGGGGAUCUGUAGAGACUGUCCUUCUCUCUGCCAUCUCAACUCCACCCACCUCAGACACAUCCUCUUACACCUCAGUACAGAGUCAUCUGAUUGGACAGAGACCGCUUUGGCUGACAGAUUCCUUCAAGUACUAGAGGAGCUGAUUGGUUACUUGGAUAAAGGUUUCCUUCCUUCUUAUUUCAAUGACAAAUUAAACUUGUUCUCUUCUUUAAAGGCCGAGGACAUUGAGGAACUGGGAUACGGACUCUACCAAGUAUUUUCUGAGCCCGAUGACGUCUUAAAGAGAGAGAGAUGAGAGGUCCCUGGUUACAAGAGCUUGAAUCAAUGCAGUGUUUGCCUUUUAAGAGACCCUGAUGGGCACCAAGUGGCUGCUGCAUUUAAAAAAAAAAAUCCCAGUGUAAAGCCAACAAGUUUAUAAUCUCACCAGUAAUACGUGGGGACUGGGUGCUCAUGCCCCAGACCUACAGUUUGAGGUGGAGGUAUCGACCAAAGGAAAAAAUGGCAGGCACACACCGAUCCCACAUACAGGCUUCUGAAUAGAAUGAGAAUUUUAUUUUAGGCCACAGAGUAAAGUAAUACAUAGACUUACGCAUUUCGUGCCUGUGGGCACUUAAAUAUAGGCUGUACCGAAACGCGUAAGGCUGUGUAUUAAUUUACUCUGUGGCCUAAAAUAAAAUAAAAUUCUCGGUCUUUUUACGAGCCUGUUUGUGGGACCAAGUGGCUGCUGCCAGGAAGGUGCCGGAGGUUCCGUCAUCAGGAUCUGACUUUGAUUUCACUACUUAUGAGGGAUCUUUUCAUGACGUUUUCACAUGUUCUGCCCAUAUGUACUCUGGAGAGCACCUUCCAUUCACUCCACUCUGUGUGCUAGGAAGGAAUCUAGGUCCAUGUCCUUACUUAAAGGGCCGGUAUCUGUUCACGGUUGAAAUACUGUUUCCUAGAUCAGUUAGUCUUUAAUUCAUUGCCAAAUGUAAAAAUCCGCUGAUGUCUGUUCUGUGCCAUAAUACUCAAUUCGUCGCCCUCCAGGAUGGCGUUAAAAGCUCUUUAUUGCACCCAGACAUGCUGCUUUGCACUGUGCCAGAAAUACUACUGAGAUUAAUUGUGUUAAUUUUCUAAAUGAUAGGGUAACAUUGCCACCCCCUAGGGAGCAUUUGUUUCACAUACAAGCAAUUUAAAUGCAAAUGAUUUAUUUUUUUAAUUGAUAUAGGAUUUGGGGGGGGGGGGAUAUGUGCAGCUGUAGGUACCACAAAUCUCUCUCAUUUUUAUUUUGUAUGUCACAAGUCGGACACUGGGAGUGUAGCCCUUUUACAAGUCAACCUUUGGGAAGGCUGACGUUGUGGGGCUUGUUUACUAAUACAGGCGCUCAAUGAAACCAGCGCUCUUAUCCACAGCAGACAAUCAUAUCUCUGAUUUCAUUCCCAGUUGCCUGAUUAACACUAGCUGUUGAUUGGUUAUUCAUUUAGCGCCUGUAAUAUUAAAUGAGCAGCUAUAACUUUACUAUAGGAAUUAAUCUUACUGUAUCUGCACUGAUAAAACUGGACUUUGCGCCUCCUCGUUCUAGUAAUAAGAAAUGCACCUUUUAAGUUUAAUAAAGCAAAUAUGUCUUUGUAUUUUUAGUCUAGGUGACACUUUACCCUCCUGCCAAGCUGUGCCCUUCCCCCUCCCCCCAGUUACAAUGUUACCAGUUUUCCGGUAACCAUCCUUUUUAUGUGCAAAUAAGAUGUUCUCUUUGCCACGGUAAUUUUUUUUUUUUUAUACAUAUUAUUUUUGGUAUUCGACCAUAAUCUAAACAUGGCUGCCUGCGGAGUUAGCCAAACACUCGAUUCCACAGACUCGUGGGGAUAUAGAUGUGAACAGAGAAAGUAUAUAGCACAGCUGUACCCUGCCACAGGGAUUGGCCUGUGAUUGCUGCUUCAAAUUCUGUAUUUUUUAAAAAAUUAUCUAAUUAAUUGUUAUAAUAAAAUAGCUUAUUUUGGAA